AUGGUGCUCCUGAAGGUUCUGAGGAAAACAAAGGCGAGAGAGAAGGAACUUCGCCUCCUCAUGCUGUUCCGUCUAAGCGUUUGGGAUGUAGGGGGUCAAAGAACCAUUCGGGCUUUUUGGAGGCAUUACUUUGAGUGUACGGAUGGCCUCAUCUGGGUAGUGGACUCGGCAGACAGAGAAAGGAUGAAGAUCUGCAGAGAAGAACUUCACAGACUCCUAAAGGAAGAGCGCCUGGCCGGCAUUCCCGUGCUGAUCCUUGCGAAUAAACAGGACGUUCCAUCAGCUCUCUCCCCAGAAGAAAUCAAGCUGGCCCUCGGUCUGGACGCCAUGGCUUCCUCCCGCCACUGGGCAGUUUUGCCCUGCAGCGCUAAACAGGGAACCGGCUUGCUCGAGGGGAUGACAUGGCUCGUUUCGGAUAUUGCAAACAGAGUUUUCAUCAGACUCUGA